UCUUCAUUUUACACAUCUCACUAGUCGUCUCUAGCUAAUCAUGGCAUCUCUUGUAGAGAAACAACUCCUCAAAUCCCUCUUCUCAUUCUUCUUAUUAGUUCUACUCUUUUCCGAUACCGUUUUCUCGUCCCGAAAAACAUUGGAUCAGAGAAAGCCAUGCAAACAUUUCUCUUUCUACUUCCAUGACAUCCUCUACGAUGGCGACAACGUAGCAAACGCAACCUCGGCCGCUAUCGUGAGCCCUCCGGGAUUAGGAAACUUCAAGUUCGGUAAGUUUGUGAUUUUUGAUGGCCCCAUAACAAUGGACAAGAACUAUCUCUCAGAACCCGUGGCUCGCGCACAAGGCUUCUAUUUCUAUGACAUGAAGACGGACUUCAACUCGUGGUUUUCCUACACCUUGGUGUUUAACUCGACGGAACACAAAGGCACAUUGAAUGUAAUGGGUGCGGACUUGAUGAUGGAGCCGACAAGAGAUCUAUCGGUCGUUGGUGGGACUGGUGAUUUCUUCAUGGCUCGUGGUAUCGCUACAUUCGUGACGGAUAUAUUUCAAGGGGCUAAGUAUUUCCGUGUUAAGAUGGAUAUUAAACUAUAUGAAUGUUACUAACUAACUACAUGUUUUAUUUUUAAAAUUGUGUGCUGGCACAGAGAUAAAAUGUGUUACUAUUGAUAAGUAAGCGGUUUUUGUUUUUGUUUUACAGUUUAUUGUAUGUUUGUGCUUUAUAUAAUUCAUGUUAUCCCGAUUGUAGAAGUCAUAAUGAGCAAAAGAAUGUUUCCAGCAAAUUAUAUAAUUUAGAAUGAAAAACGAAUUUUAAGUUUUUAA